AUGCUACUGAAACAGAAAUUGCAUAAAAUCAGUACCAGAGAUGAACGUAUCAACAUUAUUGUAAGAUGUCAGUCCCUAAAAAAUGUUGUUUUGGGAUAUUUCUUAUAUCCGGAUUCAAUUGAACAAAGAACAUUUUUGGAAGCUGCAUAUCAAAAUAAUGGUACAGAAGAAUUUAUCUUGACAAACAAUAUACAAGUAGUCAGUGAUCUGAAGGAGUCAUCUACUCAAAAUAAAAGUAGACUUGUUUGGCUACUUCAUUGUAAAACUUACAGCUUGAGGUCAGGAUUGAAAAUCAAAGGAGUUUGCUUUACUGAAAUAUUUCAACAAAAUAUUGAUGUUCCUUCCAUCUUAAAAGCAAUCCAAAAGAUGAACAUUGCUGAUAAUGCAAUUGAGACUAAGUCAACAGAACAUAAGGAUUCUUCUCAAAGUGUAAUGUCCUCACAUGCUGAUCGAAAAUAUACUGUUGAUCACGAUGAAGUAAGAGAAGUUGUCUUUGGCUCCAGAUAUUAUCACAGUAAACCAUUUAAGAUUACUUCACUCACUGAAGAAACCCUGCCUGAGAUUGAAAAUUCUUCAACGUAUACAUUGAUAGUUUUUCUCUUCAAAUAUGAGCCAGUUGGUAUAGCAUUUGUACGUCUUCUGGAGCAAUGGCAGUCUCAGUUUGGUGAAAACUACCCCACUCUUUCUUGUGCCAUGGUCAACUGCUUACACUGGAAUGAGGAAUGCAAUCGAUACAACAUUACGCACAGUCCAACAAUCAAACUGCUUGGAAAACCGCCUGGAAAAGAUGGUCAAGACUUGAUAAUUGAUUAUACUGGAGUUCUAAAUGCCAAAAGUGCCAUGAAAUUUUUAUACCUUCAUUCUGUGGAAGAUGUAAUCCAAGCAACUAAAGAUGACGUCAAUAAUAUUUUAAAUGGAUCAUUUCAAAGUGCAAUCAACCUAACAUCCAUGUGUAUCCUUGGAUUGUUUCCUGAACAAAGCACUGAAAUCAAAGAAUUCUACAAAGUUGCCAAAGCAGAAAAAGGGACAGCAUUGUUUAUUCUACUCACUGGUUCUGAUGCAGCUUAUUUUGGCCAUCUACAACAAGUGGCUGUACCUUCUGUGUUGACUCUCAAGUGGACAAACCAAGAUCUGUCAAUCAGCAAAAUGGUUGACCAGUUUUCUGCACCAGCAAUGACAACAUUUGUGAAAAAUUCUUAUAAAUCUCAUUUUAUGGAACUUUUUCCAGACAUUUUGCCCAAACUCCUACAAUCUGGGCAGCCACUUGUAAUUCUGUUUAUAAAAUCUAUGGAGGAAGAUUCCUAUUCAAAUAUUCAGCAGUUGUCUAUGUCUAAGCUUGGUCAAGAAAUGGUUUUCACUUGGAUAAAUGUAACUGCUCUCAACAAUUUUGGAACUGAAUUACUGGAAACAUAUUUUGAAAAUCCAUUUACACCAGCAUUGUCUGUUGUGUAUUUUUCAGAGAGUAUGGUAUAUAAUUAUGAAGGCCGUUACAUAACAGUGGAUCCUGUAAGAAAAUGGUUUGAUGAACUGAGAAACCGAAGACAUUCCAUGCAACCUUCUUAUAAAAUGCAACAUGCUGAAAUGGGAUUACCAAGAAGAGAAAAUACAAAAUUUUUGAAGAGCAACCAAUUUCAAUUCACAGAAUUCAAGUCAAAGGAAUCAAUAUCACCAUCAUCAAUGGGUUCCAUUCCAAAGGAAGAACUCUGACCCCAGCAAGAUAACUUUGAAGAAUGGAAUAUUCAACUUACGAAUAGAAUAAAACAAAAUAUACAAAUAUUCUCAUAGUAUGAGAAAAGAAGUCAUCUUAUUUUUAAAUCUUAAUGAUACACUAAAUAAAAAUCUUAGUUUUACUGUCAAACAACAAAAUAAUGAUUAAAAUUCUGAUAUAAAACUCUCA